AUGCGGCAGGGAACAACAACAUAGCUCUGUAGUAGUGGUAUUUCUCCAUUUUGUCAGUAUACAUUGAUCUGUGUACAUGGACUUAAUUCAGAUGGGUCAUGAAUAUGAUUACAGGACUAGUUGGCUACUGAGUGACUGUUAUUAUGGGUUGCUGGGGACAGCUGAUUUAAACUUCAACAGCGUCAGUAGCAGGAGCAGCAGCUGCGGAGCCCCCCCCAUCCCCAGCCCGCCUCCGUCUCCUCCCUCUGGUCCGUCUGCCUGGCAGACCCUGAAGAUCCCAGUCAUGGUGGACGUCAGCAAAUGGCCACUCUUCACGCUGAUGUCUGCUCAGGAGCUCGUCUCUAUCCGGCAGGCCUGUGUCUUUGGCACCUCGGCCAAUGAGGCCAUCUACAUCACCCACGACGACGAGGUGUACGUGUUUGGGCUGAACUGCAGUAAUUGCCUGGGUACAGGGGACAGCCAGAGCACCAUCGUGCCCAAGAAGCUGGACUGCCUCAGCGGGAAGAAGGUGGUCAGCCUGAGCUACGGCAGUGGACCUCAUGUAUUACUGUCCACCGUGGAUGGAGAUCUGUAUGCCUGGGGCCACAAUGGCUACAGCCAGCUGGGCAAUGGAACAACUAAUCAGGGCGUGGCACCAGUGCUGGUAGUCACCAACCUGCAGAACAAACGCAUCACAGAGGUCGCCUGUGGCUCGCACCAUUCCAUGGCUCUUACGUCUGAAGGGGAGGUGUUUGCGUGGGGCUACAACAACUGUGGUCAGGUGGGCUCCGGCUCCACGGCCAAUCAGCCAACGCCGCGGAAGGUGUCCCACUGCCUGCAGAACAAGCAGGUGGUCAGCAUCACCUGCGGCCAGACGUCCUCCAUGGCAGUGGUGGAUAACGGAGAGGUGUACGGCUGGGGUUACAAUGGGAAUGGGCAGCUGGGGUUAGGGAACAACGGCAACCAGUUGACCCCUUGUCGGCUGGCUGCUCUACAGGGCUUCUGCGUACUGCAGAUUGCCUCUGGGUACGCCCACACGAUUGCUCUGACUGAUGAGGGGCUGCUGUAUGCCUGGGGGGCCAACACCUAUGGGCAGCUGGGCACCGGCAACAAGAGCAACCAGCUCAGCCCUGUGCAGAUCAUGACUGAGAAGGAGAGAAUUGUAGAGAUUGCGGCGUGCCACUCCACACACACGUCUGCGGCGAAGACCCAGAGCGGUCAGGUGUACAUGUGGGGGCAGUGCCGGGGCCAGGCCAUCGUCCUACCCUACCUCACGCACUUCUCCUGCACCGACGACGUCUUCGCCUGCUUUGCCACCCCCUCUGUCAUGUGGAGGCUGCUUGCCAUGGAGCACGAUGACUUCCUGACCGUUGCCGAGUCCCUGAAGAAGGAGUUUGACAGCCCUGAGACGUCUGAUCUCAAGUUCAGUGUGGACGGGAAAUACAUUCAUGUGCACAAAGCUGUCCUGAAGAUCAGGUGUGAGCACUUCAGGUCGAUGUUUCAGUCGCACUGGAACGAGGACAUGAAGGAGGUGAUUGAGAUCGACCAGUUCUCCUACCCUGUGUACCGCUCCUUCCUGGAGUUCCUCUACACCGAUAAUGUGGACCUACCACCGGAGGACGCCAUUGGGCUGCUGGACCUGGCCACCUCGUACUGUGAGAACCGUCUGAAGAGGCUGUGCCAACACCUCAUUAAGAGAGGCAUCACCGUGGAGAACGCCUUCUCCCUGCUCUCCGCUGCCAUCCGCUAUGAUGCAGAGGACCUGGAGGAAUUCUGCUUCAAGUUCUGCGUGAACCACCUGACGGAGGUGACGCAGACGGCCGCCUUCUGGCAGAUUGACGGACACAUGCUCAAGGAGUUCAUCAGCCGCGCCAGCCGCUGCGGAGCCUUCAAGAACUAGGGCCCACUCGCCAUGGCAACACCACCAUGGUGCCAUGGUAACACCAUUGGCGGUGCCACACACUUUUAGAACCCUGCCGUCAAACAAACCCUGCCGUCAACAAACCCUGCCGUCAACAUCCUCCAGUCACUGGCUCCAAUCUCCUCAACACACAUAUACACAAAACAGGGAAGGGCAUGAAGCUCUCGCCCUCAGCCAAUCCCAAUUCUGUCCCAGGGCAGGGCUGGGCACGAAGUCACAGGCGUAGCCCCAGAGCCAAGCUGCUGAGCCAGGCAAGCAAAGCGGGGCAGAGAGCCUGGACUGGACCUGUAUGGAUGUUUAAGGUGUGGCUGGUGAAGGCACUUAUUUUGUGAUGACCACUGUAGGUUUUUCUUUUCUGAUUAAGAAGGUGCUCAUGCAUACUAGCGGUGUGUGUGUUUUGUGGGUGCAUGAGAGAAAGAGAGAAAGAGAAAGAAAGAAAGAAAGAAAGAUCAUAGCUUUCAGCUUUGCUACAGUUGUUACAAAGACCAUGCUUUAGCUUGGAGCACUAUGAACCUGUAGCUGCUCAGUAGCUUUUCUGCUCUGGCGGGUUUUGGCGGAAUGGUUUUGUGAUGUGAUGUGAUUAGAAUGAUGGUGAUGAUUCUCUCAUGACCACUUUAGAGGAAGUCACUUGCCUACAGUAGUGCUUUCCGAGCCUUUUGACUUAAAAAAACAAAAAAAGAGACCAAAAAGGAGUUGGAGCCACUGCUUUACAGCCUGAGUGGAAUAUUGUUUGUGUUUCUAUCUGACUUGGAUUUGGACACAGAUAACGCGGACCAUUUUCUGGCUUUGAGCAACAAACGUGGCCAGCUGGAAGUUGCUUUCAGCUAAUCCAAUUAUUGAAAACCAACCAAGUAGGUUGCACCACUUGCUUUCACCUUUACAGCAAAUCAAAAGAAUGUCCACUUGAAAUGGUUAUAUUAUUUUCAUAUUAAUAACAUGGUUUUUAAGAAAAAAAAUCCCAGCGGCAUUUGGUGUGAACAUUUAAAUGAAUUUUUUUGUUGCAUAUAAAUGCCAACAUGUUGCGCCAUUCUGUUACAGAGUUGACUGCUGCAGUGGAGAGCACUUGUGUUAAGAAAUAAAAUAGUGUACAGUUGCUUUUUGAAAAGGAAAAAAAAAUGUAUAUACUGUAUAGUUUUUGCAUUACUUUGAGAAUAUAAUCUAUUUUACAAACGUAUGAAGUUUUAUGUUAUCAAGGACCUCUUAUAAAAGAAAAAAAAAAUAAAGUUUUUGUUCUUCUCA